ACCCGUCCCGAAUCUCAGAACCCCAGUCCGCCCCCUUGAGCGCGCGCCCUUAGACGUUGCCUGCCCAUAGAUAAACGACGGUCCAGCUUUCUCCUUUCCCCCCCAACCUCCUUCCUCGACAAACGACGUCUCGAGCAACGUCGUUUCCCAAUCAUGCUCGUCUCGCCUCCUCUGCAGAGCUCUGCGCAUAGCCCGCGCAGUGCCUCUUUUCCUCGUCCGCAUUCCCUUUCUCGCAAAUCAAAGACCUCGUCAGGCUCAACGUCUUUCGGCGGCCCUGCUGGCGCCAGUAGCGUGGCUACCCAGGAUCCUUUCACACGAUGGAGGCCAUCGUACCACUUCAUCGCUCCCAAGAAUUGGAUGAACGACCCUUGUGGCCCAUUGUUUGACCCCAAGACCGGCCUUUAUCACCUCCUCUACGAAUACAACCCAAAGGGGGCUACUUGGGGCAACAUGAGCUGGAUGCAUGCCACCUCGACCGAUCUGGUCACCUGGAGGCACGUCAGCAACGAGCCUGUCAUCAAAUCCUCAACGGCCUACGACGGCGAGGGCAUCUUCUCUGGAGGCAUGAUUCUCCAUGGACCAAACGGCGAAAAGGACCAAAUGACGGCCGUCUACACUGCUGUUUCUAAUCUGCCAAUCCACUGGACGCGAGACUACCAUUGGGGCUCCGAGAAACUCGCCUUGGUUGUCUCGUCCGAUGGUGGCAAGACGUGGACACACAGUGAACAGUCGCUCAUCCUCGACUCUCCCCCAAAAGAUCUCGAGGGCAAGAUCAUUUCUUGGCGCGAUCCCUUCAUCUCAGCCUGGCCCGAGAUGGACAAGCUGCUCGGAGAGACGGGUACAGACAACCUCUAUGGCCUCAUCUCCGGUGGCCUACGAGAUCAGACUCCCACGGCGUUCCUAUACAAGCUCUCACCGCAAAAGCUCCAUGAGUGGUCCUACAUCGGUACCAUCGCAGACGUCGGCCUCAACACGGAGCUGGCCAAGGGCUACAGCGGUGACAUGGGUCGCAACUGGGAGGUCUGCAAUUUCUUCCAAAUCGACGGCCACAACUAUCUCCUCAUGAACGUCGAGGGCUGCGGGGCGAAUCUCAAAGACCGGCAUGCCAUGUGGGCCCGUUGCGACCUGUCCUUGACCGCGACGGUCGAUGAGAAGAAGCACCAGCCGAGGAUGCUUCCAAAGGCGAGCUGCCUCAUUGAUCACGGCUGUCUCUACGCUGCGACGACAUUUCACAAUGUCAAGGACGGCCGUCGCAUUCUCUGGGGAUGGGUGCCUGAAGAUGACCUUGGCGAGGACCGGUACGAAGAACAGGGCUGGUCUGGUUGCAUGGCGCUUCCCCGCGAGCUCUUCCACGCCACCUACGACCGAGUCGUCGGCACUUUCAAUAACCAGACUGACCCAGCCUCGAUGGCCAACUUCCACAUUGAAGAGGGUCCGGUGGCAGGGACCAAGAAGCUCACCAUGCUCGCUUCGAGACCUGUUGUCGAGUCUCAGCUUCUGCGUGAAUCUGCCGUGGAGGUUGAUCUGCCCUCGCAAGAACUAGGAUCACCGUCCGAGGGCAAAUCAACUGUGGCUGCGAAAGGCAUACACUCGCGAAACGUCGAGAUCGAAUGCGAGAUGGAGAUUCUCGAUGAGACGACGACAACCGAGAUUGGCUUUAUUCUCUGCCACAACUCCAACAUGUCGAGGUACGUCGAGGUCGUCUAUGAACCACGUCAGGAGCGCCUCGUUGUGCGCCGCUCCAACUCGUCGUCCGAACGAAGCGUCAAUCUCGACUCCGUGUCUGCGCCCUUUACGCUACUCCGACAGCAGCAAGCUGAUGCCUCGACUAAGCUCGAGAUGCUCAGGUGGCACGUCUUGCUCGACAACUCCGUUCUGGAAGUCUUUAUCAAUGACCGCUGUGCCCUGACGACGAGGAUCUACGCCGACGAUGACUCUUGCAAGGAUGUCUCAUUCCUCGUCCAUGGUGCUGGAAAGGUCAAGAUCCACGGAGGAAAGGCUUGGGUUGGCCUGAAGACGGCCAUGCUUGACGCCCACACCGGCAGCACGGCUACUGGCGAGACGAGCGACAUCGUGCCUCCUUCUUCAUCUUCCUCGGCUUCCUCCUCUUCGAGGCUUUGAAGCCCAACUAGUUUCCAACAAAGACAUCCCCACUGCCAAGGCUCCCACAUUGUUUUUUUCCUGUACAAUACACAUACGAUCUUAGACCACAUUCUUAGGUGAUAAAGCUUCUUCAUUUUCCCUCCUCCUCUGCCGACGUAACACACAGUACAUUUCCCC